UUCUGCUUUUGUUGUUUAAACCACAUCAGAAGCUUUUAGUUCGCUUUAACUGAUUUAUUUAGUUCAAGUGUUGUCUGUUUUAUUCACAUUUUGUGUUUUGGUUGGUAUUUACCUAGCUGUCACACGUAUAUAUAAGUGUGUAUUUGUUUGGCAUUAACCUCACUGUUUUGACGUAUAUAUAACUGUAUAGUUGUAACAAAUUAAAAUUAUGGCCCCAACUAACAAUUGUGGUCGACCGGACUGCCACUUUCCGGUGGAUGAUGGGAUGCAGUGUGACAACUGCAGCCUUUGGUUCCACAAAGUUUGCACUGGUUUAACACCAGUAGCCUAUAAGAGAUGUUGCAAGCCAUCAUCUCCAUGGCUGUGCAAAUUUUGCAGCAACCCGUUAGAUGUCCUCAUCCAAGAGGCAGUAGGACUCUUGAUGUCCAAGAAAUUGUCGAAAGACAUAGUUGAAAAGCCUGUACCAGAAACCUUCGCCAAGGAUGGCGGUUCAGGACAUAGUUGUAAGAUUCAGGGUGCAUCACCUCCUGAAGUCUCAGAAGCGAAAGAAGCACAAAAUGCCCAGACAUCUGUUGCUGCAAAGCGCAAAAGGCAACGGAAAUCCAGAAGGGCAAGUAGUGCCAGCAUGGCAAAACCAGCCUGUGAAAUAGCAACGCCAAAGCGCAGCGUGUCUAGUGCACGAAUGGCUUCUAGUCGCGGCGAAAACAGAGUGGGAGAAACGGACUCCACUUGGUUGCUGCCGAAAGGUAAGAAGCUAAACAAAACUAGGAAAGAAACAGUAGCCGAGUUUACCAACAAGGUCUCGACGACUGUUAGUUCCAGCAAAACUCAGAAACCCACGGACUCUAGUUACAGUAUAAUCAUCUGGAACUUGGAGGAAUCUAAGAACACAGAUCCAGCUGCCCGACAUGCAGAUGAUCUGAAGGCGAUCAGCUCCAUAUUCCGGGAAAUACUUCCCGAAAAAACAACUGGAGUACACGUACGAAAGGCUAUCAGGAUCGGAAAACGAAACCCUGAUGCUACAGGAACUCCUCGACGACUACUUAAGGUAGUUUUAGGGAACGAAACAGAGAGGAGGACCAUCCUCGACAACGCGUUCAAAGUCAACGACAAAAGUCUAAAAAUAAGGCCUGAUUGGCCUUUGGAAGAUAGAAUCAAAAGAAGAGAAGCCGUGGCUGAACUAAAGGCCAGGCUAGAGAAAGGCGAGAAGGACCUCAAACUAUUGGGUUUUCGGGUGGUGAGGUCUCGGAAACCGAUGCUGCCGAGACCUCUCUUCAUAAGCCGGGUGAACACGUAGGUGUUUCGGUGUGCUAUACGAACGCAUGUAGUCUUAGGAAUAAGCUCGCCGAAUUAGGAGAGUUAUCUGAAAGACUACAACCUGAUGUAAUUGCUAUCACUGAGACGUGGUUGUUAGUGGGUGUAGACUUAACUCCACUCAUACCUGGGUAUAUCUGCAUACGAGCAGACAGAGUAAGUAGUCGGAAAGGUGGGGGGGUUGCUCUUUACAUCCGGGAUGACAUAGGGAUCAGGUCAACGUUGUCAGAAGCUCAUGACAGCGGCACCAGUGAAGCCGCAAGUUGCAUCAUUAACUUAAACAAAGGCACUUUAACGAUCGGAGUUAUCUACAGAAGUCCUGCUAGCCAAGCUGAUGACUUCGUUCUAAAUCACUUGAGGGCGUGGGGUAGUAGAAAUAGGUGUCUGAUUGUUGGCGACUUUAACGCUCCACAUAUUAAUUGGGGGGAAUUAAACUCCACUAGUUUGUAUACCUGUUUCAAUAGGGAGCUCACAUUGACAGUGCUUGAAUGUGCACUCGUGCAACAUAUGCAUGCACCAACACGGUAUCACCCUGAACAUGAUCCAUCUACUCUAGACUUGGUAUUGACACACCAGAAGGAGGACGUUGGUAACAUUAGGUGCCUCCCGCCGCUUGGCAGCAGUGACCACAUAGUCAUUGCUUUUACGUUUAGGAUUCAUUCUCUCAUGCACAGGCCAAAAUCUGCUCGUCCAAACAUUUGGAAAGCGGAUAUACAAGGAAUCCGGAACGCAGCAACUGUGGUUGACUGGUCAGUUGAUACAAGUCAGACUGUCGAGGAAGCUUGGGUAGGAUUUAGGAAUACACUAGAUCGUGUCACUUCACCUUUUAUACCUUGGUACACUCCUCGAAAGCCGUCGCAUGAACCUCCUUGGAUCACUAGUGAAAUAAGGAGGUUAUUAAGACGGCGAAAGAACUUAUGGGACCAAUUUGUUAUGACAGGAAGGGAAAACUUCCAGAAAGACUACCGCAAAAUUCGAAACCUCUGUAAGUAUGCGAUUAACAAGAGUCGUAUAGAGUACGAGAGACGAUUAGUACUAGAUUGCGUUCAUUAC